CCCGGGCUGCUUCCUAGCCCGGCACUCCUCAGACCUAGCAUUCCACCUCCCGGAGAUCCGUAGGUGGCCUUAGACCCCCACCCCCACCCCUACAGGCCACUGUGGGCUGGCCGUGUCCCCGCCCUCGCGUCAACUGCAGGGGGCCCGCCCAUAGCCAGUUCCGGAGCAGUUGCUCCGAUCGCCCUGAACUCCCCGCCCCCUCCUGCGGCCCAGGGCCUGUAGGAGGCCGCAGAGAGGAGAUUCAAGACUACUGUGGUUCAAAUUGCAUCUAGGAGGCCGGCCUAAUCAUGCAGGGCCCCACCUCCUGGGCCAUGAGUGAGCUGAAGGACUGCCCACUGCAGUUUCAUGACUUCAAGUCUGUGGACCACCUGAAGGUCUGUCCCCGCUACACGGCAGUGCUGGCCCGCUCUGAGGACGAUGGCAUUGGUAUCGAGGAGCUGGACACCCUGCAGCUGGAGCUUGAGACCCUGCUGUCCUCUGCCAGCAGGCGACUGCGUGUUCUGGAAGCUGAAACCCAGAUCCUUACUGACUGGCAGGAUAAGAAAGGUGACCGGCGAUUCCUGAAGCUAGGGCGAGACCAUGAGCUGGGUGCUCCCCCGAAACAUGGGAAGCCCAAGAAGCAGAAACUGGAAGGGAAGACAGGACACGGGCCAGGCCCUGGCCCAGGACGACCCAAAUCCAAAAACGUUCAGCCCAAGAUCCAGGAAUAUGAAUUUACUGAUGACCCCAUCGAUGUGCCUCGGAUCCCCAAGAAUGAUGCCCCCAACAGGUUCUGGGCCUCUGUGGAGCCCUACUGUGCCGACAUCACCAGUGAGGAGGUGCGGACGCUAGAGGAGCUCCUGAAGCCCCCUGAAGACGAAGCUGAGCACUAUAAGAUUCCCCCACUCGGGAAGCACUACUCCCAACGCUGGGCCCAGGAGGACCUGCUGGAGGAGCAGAAGGACGGGGCUCGGGCAGCUGCUGUGGCUGACAAGAAGAAAGGCCUCAUAGGACCGCUGACGGAACUGGACACAAAAGAUGUGGAUGCCCUGCUGAAGAAGUCUGAGGCCCAGCAUGAACAGCCAGAAGACGGGUGUCCCUUUGGUGCCCUGACACAGCGCCUGCUGCAGGCCCUAGUGGAGGAAAAUAUUAUUUCCCCUAUGGAGGACUCACCUAUUCCUGACAUGUCUGGGAAAGAGUCAGGGGCAGACGGCGCAAGCACUUCCCCCCGCAACCAGAACAAGCCUUUCAGUGUGCCGCAUACCAAGUCCCUGGAGAGCCGCAUCAAGGAGGAGCUGAUUGCCCAGGGCCUGCUGGAGUCGGAGGACCGGCCUGCUGAGGACUCGGAGGAUGAGGUCCUCGCUGAGCUGCGCAAACGGCAGGCUGAGCUGAAGGCGCUCAGCGCCCACAACCGCACCAAGAAGCACGACCUGCUGAGGCUGGCAAAGGAGGAGGUGAGCCGGCAGGAACUCAGGCAGCGGGUCCGCAUGGCAGACAAUGAGGUCAUGGAUGCCUUCCGAAAGAUCAUGGCUGCCCGGCAGAAGAAGCGCACCCCCACGAAGAAGGAGAAGGACCAGGCCUGGAAGACCCUGAAGGAGCGGGAGAGCAUCCUGAAGCUCCUAGACGGGUAGCCUUACCUGCUGCUGGCCGUCUCCCUGGCCUGGCAGAAGCCCCCUUCCUCUGAAGCCUUGACCAGAGGCUGCCUAUCAAAUGACAACAGUCUCAGGGCUGGAACACUCUCAGGCCACUCAGCUGAGCUUUGUGCAGCCAGUAUGCAAGGCCUUACUGCGCUUGCGCAGACCUAGCAUCCGCCUGAUGUCCCAGAUGAGCGGGCUUGUCCCUUGUCCCCUCCCCUCUUACCACCUCCACACCUCUCCCUCAGGACUUCUUCCUUGAGGUUUUGUAAAGUACAACUUAAGAAUAAAGUGACUGCUGUGUUUUGUUUUGUUUUUUAAAAAAAAGUUAUAAAAAACUA